CGGAGAUGGGGGUGGAGGGAAAUAAGGGCAUUGUGGGGAGGGCUUCCUGACGGGCAGCGUGGGCCGGGCAGGCGGGAGCAGGGGCAUUUACUUAGAUUCUAACCUCGGAAGUUUCUGAGGGAGAAGCAGAGGGAUACAGGCCCGACAGAAGGUGCCAAGUGACAGGGAGGGAUACGGGUAGGCCUGGGCCUUCUCUGGCACGGUCAGGGCCCUGUGCCCCCUCAGCUGUGGGCAGCCCCCUUGCUUUCCAAGAGGUGGGAGCAGCCGACCUCCCCAGACAUCAUGGCUUUUCCCUGAGUUUCCAGGCCUUUGGGAGACGCCUGGGCCCUCUCCGUGACUUUGGUACCCGCUCACCUUCCUCAUGGGUCCUGUCCUUCUAGUGCCUUCUCCUGCCCUCUGUAAGGCACCUUCUAGGCCCAGCUGUGGGGCAGACAGCAGUGGCCAGGAAGGAUCUGACCCCUCUGGCCAGGGCACAGCGACAGGUGGGCUGAAAGAUGAGCUACUGAACAUGAUCCUGAGCCCAGGCCGGAGCUGCUCGGUUUCAGCCCCUCCCGGCGUGAGCAUGACUGCGCAGCUUUAUAUAGCACCGCCGAUCCUAUAUAAGAGGGGCUGCUCCGUCACAGGGCAGCAGAGGAGCCGCGGUGGCGCUGGGGGACACUGCAUGCGCUGUCUGAUCCGGGCCGGACACGUCCCUUCCCCGAGCAGUAGGGUCCCCACAAGGUGGGCCCGCCACAGCACCCAGGAUGCCCAGCAGGACCAGCCGCUAUGCCCGGUACAGCCCACGGCAGCGGCGCAGACGGCUGCUGGCAGACCGCAGCGUGCGCUUCCCGAACGACGUCCUGUUCUUAGACCACAUCCGCCAAGGGGACCUGGAACAGGUAGGGCGCUUUAUCCGGGCUCGGAAAGUCGCCCUGGACACCAUCCACCCCUCAGGCCUGGCCGCCCUGCACGAGGCUGUGCUCUCUGGAAACCUGGAGUGUGUGAAGCUGCUGGUCAAAUACGGGGCUGACAUCCACCAGCGGGACGAGACUGGCUGGACGCCCCUGCAUAUCGCCUGCAGCGACGGAUACCCGGACAUAGCCAGGUACCUCAUUUCCCUGGGGGCAGACAGAGAGGCAGCCAACGACGAUGGAGAUCUGCCCUCAGACCUCAUCGACCCAGACUUCAAGGACCUGGUGGAGCUCUUCAAGGGGACCAAGAUGGACUGAGCCCUGUGCUGCCCUCCCAGGGCUCUGGCCCUCCCUAGAGAAGUUGGGUGCCCACCUCCCCCAGGUGCUUGGACCUGCCCCACCAGUAGGGCUGGCAGGCGGCCAGGACCCCCGUACCUGGGCGCAACCCCAUCCCCCACACUUCUGGCCUGGCUUUUUCUCCAGGUGAAUUUUUUAUUGUGACACUUUUUACUUUUUCAAUAAACGUCAUUCCCUAGCCCCUGGUGGUAGCCUGAUUACUGGGGACGGGACCGUCCCAGUUCCCCCGCUUCCGGUGGUCAGCGGGCCCUGCCAUCCAUGCCAGGCUUGGGGGUCCAGGGCACAGCGCCAGCGCAGGAAGCCAGAAUCUCGGGGUUCCCGGCUCUGAGGUCUCCGGCCGC